AUGGCACGGGCCGCAGGUCUGCCUGGAGUCGCCUCGCCGGGGUCUGAGCAUGGAGAAGGGCGGGGAAACGCUCCGGAAACCCAGACGCCCGAGUCACUCCUUGUCCCCGAGGAACUCCAAGUAUUCGACCGCGGGCCACCAGAACGGCGACCCGCACCCUCCGAGGUCCCACAGGUGAGGCGGAAAAGGCUUGCUCUCUGA